AUGGCGGCGGAGGACGCGCAGAGGAGGGCGGAUGACGAGAUGCCCAUGUCGUCGCCGCGCAGGCUCAUCGAUGCGUUCGUCCAGGCCUCGAGGUCGGGUCAGUCGCCGUCGACAAGGCGGAAGGGCAGCCUUCCGCCUCCUAGUCCCCGGAGGGCGCCGCAGGAUGUAGAGAAGGACGAGCCAGUGGAGCGAGCCUGGGACUUCUACGAGGACGAUAUCGACGAGGCGACGAGCGCCACUCUCCCAGCAGCAUCCGUCCAAGACAGCGAAGCGGAAGCUACCCCAGUCGACAAGGAGAAUACUCGCCCUUCUCCCCUUCCACGCCGUCGAUCCACCUCCCUCCUUUCCCAGGCCUCUUCCGCAACUCUCGCCGCCUCACCGCCCCUCUCGGCGCCGACCCCUACAACAGCCCCUCGCACACCACCUCGCCUCCCGCAAACUCCGCCACCGCCGUCGCCAACCGUGCCCGCUUUCUCGCCCGACCUCUCCGCCUCCUACACCCUCUCUCACCCGCCGGUCUCAGCUGCACUCUCCAGCGCAGGCCUACACUUUGCCGACGGCUCAGCGACUUCGUUCGCGGCUAUCGCCGUCUCUGCGGCCGCGCACAGUCCUUCAUUCGGCGCCGAAGCAGGCUUGACAGGUUUCGCUCCUGUAUUCAACGAGCGGAUGCGGGGCGCCAAGAGGGAGAGUCUCGAUGGAGGAGAGGAGGAGCGCAAACGGAAGAGGCGGAAGAGCGAUGAGGCGGAGUGA